GAGUCGUGUGUCACGCGAUAGUACUGUGACACUUUUUGUUGACUUCCAGUUCUCUUUUCUGAAAGUGCCAAUUGAAGACGAGGAUCGAGUUAACAUUUGAGUGUUUGGAACAAACCGGGAAACUGAGACAGUGUAGAGCUCUGCGAUGUGUCCCCGUUUCUAAAAGGUUCUGUCGCAGUUUUUGGCAAGAGUUCUGUCAAGUUGGUUGAGAAUGGCAGACAGAAGGGAUGCUCUCGAAAGCACCCCGCUUUUGGAUUCGGACAACAGACCGCCUGUUCCGUCAGUCUUCCAGGGAAGGAGACUUGCAUGUGCAGCCGUCCUGCUGGCUGAAUCGCUGGAAAGAAUAGCAUUUUACGGCAUCACGUCUAAUUUAGUGCUCUUUCUCAAUGGCAGCCCCUUUUAUUGGGACGGGACCGAGGCCAGCCAGGCACCCCUGAUGUUCAUGGGAGUAACCUACCUGAUUUCCCCCUUUGGAGGCUGGCUGGCAGAUGCAUACCUGGGGAAAUUUGUGACAAUCGCCUCAAGUCUGGUUUUAUAUUUUAUUGGAAUGCUUUUUUUCCCCAUUAUUUCAAAUGAAGACACCAGGAUACACCUGUGUGGGGAGGAGAGUGCUUUCCCCGUGCAACCUGCUGAGUGCUCGAACAGCACCCCACCAAAAAAUGUGACCUGCCUUUACCGAGACCCAUACUGUGGCCCACUAGUCUACACUGGACUUAUCUUGAUUGCAUUUGGUGUGGGCACAGUGAAGUCCAACAUCACUCCGUUUGGGGCAGAUCAGGUCAAAGACAGAGGACCCGAGGCCACUCGUCGAUUCUUCAACUGGUUCUAUUGGUGCAUCAACCUUGGAGCCAUAUUGUCACUGGGAUGCGUGGCCUACAUUCAGCAAAAUUUCAGCUUCGAGCUCGGCUACAUCAUCCCCACCGUGUGCCUCGGGGUGUCCUUCCUGGUCUUUCUCUUGGGACGCACUGUUUUCAUUACCAAGCCCGCUGACGGCAGUGCCUUCACGGACAUGUUCAAGAUCCUGAGCUUUGCCUGCUGUUCAAAGAAACCAAAGGAGCCCCACUUGCUUCGUGACAAACCAACACUAUUGGACAGUGCAAAAGUGACUUACGGGGGGAAAUUUCCAGAGGAAAAAGUGGAGGAAGUCAAAGCACUGUUGAAAACUCUUCCAGUUUUCUUUGCACUCAUCCCGUACUGGACGGUGUACUUCCAGAUGCAGACAACGUAUGUCCUGCAGGGCCUCCAUCUAAGGAUUCCUGGUACAUCCACAAACAUUUCAACUGAUUCCCAUGAGAUGAAGUUCCAGUUCCCGGCUGCGUGGCUCACCAUGUUUGACGCAGUGCUCAUCCUCAUGCUGAUUCCUCUAAAAGACAAAGUGGUGGACCCUGUCCUGAAACGCCGCGGCCUGCUGCCCUCUUCUCUAAAGAGGAUUGCAGUGGGGAUGUUCUUCGUCAUGUGGUCAGCAGUGGCAGCAGGUAUUCUGGAGACCAAGCGCCUGGAGAUUGUCAAAUCAAAUGGUACCAUUAACCAGGUGCUUGGCAACGUUAUCUACUACGUCGCAGAUUUACCCAUAUGGUGGCAAGUGCCUCAAUAUGUGCUGAUAGGAAUCAGCGAAAUCUUUGCCAGCAUUGCAGGUCUGGAGUUUGCAUAUUCCGCAGCCCCCAAGUCCAUGCAGAGCGCCAUCAUGGGGCUCUUCUUUUUCUUCUCUGGGAUUGGCUCCUUCGUAGGCUCCGGUCUUUUGGCUUUUGUCUCCCUAAAGGCCAUUGGGUGGAUGUCAUCACACAAAGACUUUGGCAAUAUAAACGACUGCUCUCUGCACUAUUACUUCUUCCUUCUGGCGGGGAUCCAGGGUGUCACCUUGCUGGUCUUCCUUAUCAUCUCUGUCAAGUAUGACAAGCAGAGGGGCAAAGCAGCAGGCCAGCUCCAGAGACGCACCUCCUCUUGACCUCCCUCCCACCCACCGCGUCCGACAUCCCAGUGACCCCAGUCAUGGCUGCCUUCCUUUUCUCUCACUCCACCUCAGUGCCCACAGAUGCGUUUUAGUGGUAUCUACAGUUCAUGUAGUCCAGUGUUAUUUAUUUUUGUGAUUUAUUCUUUUUUUGAGUGUCUAGAAAGGCACGCCUGACGGUAUCGAGACCCACGCAGGAGCAGUGUUUAAAUCAUGUCUGCUGUGCUUCCCUCCUGCUGUGUGUUUGAUCUGGUUGCCUUUUUUUUUUUUUGGAUCAUUUGCACGUAACUCUAGGAGUGCUGCCAUACGAAUUUGACAGAUGUCAAUGUUCUAAUGAUGACAAAAGCUUCCUUUUUACUUUGAAGUUCUGACAGACGUAUUUAAAAUCGUAUUUUUAGCCGUUCUAUAAUGAUUUUUGUGUUUCUAACAUGACUUAUUAAUAUUUAGCAUUCAUUAACAGACAUUUUACCUCCCACAUCUACUGAGAUUUGAUGUGUUAAUCUUCAAUUUUACAGUAUUUCUCUUUGACACACUUAACUAAUGGUGCCUUUUUAAAAUAGGGAUUUUUAGCCACCCAAACCCUAUAUUUUUAUGAAAUAUUUAAAAUGAGAAAUGUUUACUGAAAAGCAAGUUGAGAUUAUAAAGGUCGAUGAUGUUAAUCAGCUGAUGAUUCCCUCUCUCUCAUACAUAGAAGCUCAUACAACUCCGGUUAUGGUGUGUUCUGCCCCGUACAUUCCUUCUGAAUCCAUCCUCUAGUCACAUCUAAUAUUGAAAGAAUAAUCUGUCCUUUUUGUUUUCCUCUGUCUGUGAUAACAGUCCACACUGCAAAGCCUCAUAAAGCCUUCUCAUAACCACACCUUGAAUCCACAGACAGCACUAUACAUAAAAUGUGAAAUAUUUAUAUUUUUUAUUAUAAUAACAUGGCUACUUUGUAGAAUUUUACAUUGCAGGUCAAGCCUCAAAAUAAUUUUCCUUGAUGAAACACAUGUCGAAAUUACUUCUCGCAUAACCUGACCUGGAACCUUAAAAAGAACGAGGCGUUAAUGUUUCGAUCAUAGGAAACUGCAAGAAAAAAGUAUGACAAAACAUGAGUCUUUCAUCAAAAUGUUAGAGCAAUGUUUUAGCAUUAACAUUUUUUCUAACAAAUGUGGGUUUGUUUAUAUUUGUAAGAACUUCUUUGUGCCUUUUAUUCUAUAAAAGUCUAAAGUGUCUGAUUUUUUGUGUGCACAUGAUUUAGAAGAAAAAUUGUUGAAACCUCAGAUUCAUGAGCACAUGGUACAUGCUUUUUUAUUAAAUAUUGGUAUUUAAGUACUAAUAUUUGCUGAUAAAUGGUAACUCUGGGAAAACUAAAGCUGCCUUCAGGACUUAGAGUUCAAAAUAUGGCGUUUGUGAAGUGAUCUGAAUUUUUUCAAAAGACAAUAAACUGCUUUUUUUAUGUUUCUUUUUUCAAAAUAUUUGUGACUUUUAUUUGAGAUAUGCUCACUGAUUAUUUAGAACUUGAGCACUGGUUUGUGUUUGUUUGCACUCAGAAUACUGUGUAGGAUUUGUUAUUAUCUGACUGCUUAAAAAAAUAAAAAUGUAAAAAAAAA